AUGACUGCUGUGCAACUCAAGUUCAAUCUUCGGACCUCGUCCAACGUCAAGACCGUCCAUCUGGUCGGCUCCUGGGACAACUACUCGCGCCAGAUCCCCCUCUCCCGCGACGAUGUCAAGCCCGGCGCCUGGGUGGGCAAGUUUCGCUUCCAGACCUCGAUGCUGAAGCUCGGCGGGCGGUAUUGGUACUACUACAUCAUGGACGGCUACCACGUCUCCCAUGACCCCGCCGUCGACUACACCGUGGAGCCCACCACCGGCCGCAAACUGAACAUCCUCGACGUGCCCGGGGGCAAGUCGUCUGCGCCGGCGCCCGCCCCCAAGCACCGCCGCACGUCGCACGACAUCGCCAAGGGCCGCGCCCUAUCGCCGUCCAAGAUCCAGCACCCCAAGCCGUCCAAGCCAUACGCCUCGCGCCAGAUCCGCGAGUCCGACUUCGCCCCCACCGUGGACGACCUCACGCGCCGCUUCGCCGGCUCCCGCCUGUCCGACGAGUACUCGUACUCCAACAGCCCGCCCAGCUCUGUCGGCUCGUCGCUGUCCUCGCGGUCGUCUGGCAGCACCUCGCCGUCGUCGCUGUCGUCCAUGAGCGACCCGCCCAGCGUGUGCCGCUGUGAGCGCUACGGAAUCACGCGCAAGGGCGACCGCGUCAAGCUCGACUGCGGCGGCAGCCGCUGCGGCUACGUGACCGAGUCGUCUGAAGCGAGCUGCUCUGAGUCCGACAGUGAUGAGGAGUACCGUCGGGCGCGCAGCGCCGUGCGUCGCCAGGGGAUUGUUGUCCGCAGAUAA